AUGAUUGUUAGAUUGAUGAUAAGUUUACUACUAUUGCUUAUGCAAACUUUAGUAGAAGCCAUGACGGACGCCUCAAGAGACACAACAAUAGAUGCAGUUGUAAUUCUGUCAGUUUCUACUGUCUUGGGGAAGGAGAAAUCAAGCCCAAUAGGUUCGUUGUUGGGAGGCACAACAUUAUAUAUGAAGGUAUAAGGUUUGGAUUAGACUGCAAGCAAUAAUGCAGUAUAUAUUGGAAAGUAUCCGUGCCUUAUCUCAGAUAAAGGUGUUAACGGAUUGUUUAUGAAUUGUAAAACAACAAAACCUGAUCCAAAUGACCAUAACUUAUCAGGGUUAAAAAUAGUUGUUAAGGUUUUGGAUAAACCAGACUCGGUUUGUACAUACAGUAGUGGGUACUGCAAAUUUACAUACUCUGAGAAUAUGACGCCAAAAUUAUUUUAAGUUGUUCCAAGAUCAAACCACCCUAGAAGCCUAAGUUAUUGGAGAGCCAAAUGGACUGUAUCUAGCAAUGCAGUAGAGUAUCUGGAAGGAUAAUUCAUGGAUGCUAAUAGGUGUGAUAGAUUCACAGUUUAAGAUAUGUAUCCAAAAGAAAUCAACCCAUUGGAUGACGGAGUAGUUUGUUAGGUUUCUGCUGAGAUCAGGGCUGGAUAUUAUGGUUACGUCAUAAAAUCAUAAAGAGGCUAUUAAAAGAAUGAUGUUGGAGUAAAUUAGAAGAAGGUCCAUUCUGAUAGAACUUAUGACUCAAAAGUAAUCCCACUAAUUACAGGUAUCAGCACUAAUUUUGCAUCCCCUGAAGGACAGAUACUAGAAAUUGUAGGUCUUGGAUUUAGUCCAAUUUCCUCUGAGAAUUUUGUAAAAAUCUCUGGAUAAUCUGAAAACAUUAAAGUUUUGUCAUCCUCCCCCACUAACAUUAUUGCAAAGAUACCGAAGUUGGAAAACCUACCUAGAUUAUAGGAUUCGACUGAAAAUUCUUUAUAUUUACAAGGAAGUGGAUUGCAUUACACCAGAUGGGAUAUUUCUGGUUUAUCUCUUAAUUGUCCAUCUUUUAGAUAGCAAAUAAUUACUGAUAAGACUGUAUGGAAUAGCAGGAUCAAAUUUGAUGGAAUCUAUCCUGAACCUGAUGUUCAUAAUAUUUUUGGAGAAAACUACGGGUAAUAUUUCAGAGGCUUCUUGAAGGCACCUUUUACAGCCAACUAUAAAUUCUAUAUCUCCUCAGACAAUUGCGCUGAAUUCUACAUAUAAACAGCUGAGAAACUAAAACCUAUUAGACCUGAUAGUCCAAUUGUUUAAAGCAGUUGGAAUCCUUACAAGAACUAUUGGUAUGAAUACUUGAGUACAUCAUCAGAGAUCAAAACUAUAUCAGAGAAUAUUUCUUUGGAGGAAGGUUAAAUGUAUUAUAUUGAGGCUUAUCAUCUUAAUGGGCCUUAAGAAGGUCACCUAACAGUGUCGAUGGAAAUUGAAAGUGAAACUCGAAAAAUCAAUUCCCUUAAUAGCAUCUAUCAAAUAUCCACUUCAUACACUCCUAUUAAAGAGGUGAUUGAGUUCUCCCUUUACAAUUCAAAUGCAAACACCCUAUUAACAGGUAAAUAUAGACUUUAAUUCACGUAUGGAACUAAGACUUACCCUUAGACAGAACUCUAUUAUUCCUAUAUUACAGUUGAAUUAUCAUCAAAUUCGUAUGCAAAUGCAAUUAAAAAUGCCAUUCAGAAUUGUGGCGCAAACUACCUCGUUACAGUAGCCCUCACAAAAUUAGACAGCACCGGAAAGGAGUUAGAAGAAACUGCUACUACAUUUGCUGGAUAUAAAUACACAAUUACAUUUGAUUCCUACAGAGGAGGAAUACCUUACAGAGCACUCCCAAAAAUGAUAUACGCAAAUCUUAAAGGAGGUGUAGUGGGAUCAAAGAUAGAAUGCACUCAAUCUCCAUCAGAUCCAAUCAGUGGUACAUUUUAAUUGGCUAUGACUAUUAAUGGCUAAGAUAAUUUAUUCUAAACAGCUGAAAAUAGUUAUGAGUUGAAUUUUAAUACGGCAAGUGCAGUAUUAGCUGACAAUAUUGAAAGGCUUACAGGUUAUCGACCUUUGGUCUGGACUAUAGGAAGAGCCUAAGACGGAUGGAGUUGGUUUAUAAAAUUAAGGUCACAUUCAGAAGAUCUCAGUGAUUUCAGAGUCUUAAACAAUUAAUUAGUAUCAGGUAAUGGCGAUGUCACUAUUACACUAACACAACCAUUACCAAACAGCAACAACUUAUUAUUUGAGCCUAUUCCUAAUGAGUUAUUGUUUACAUAUAGUGAAAAUCCAUAAGUUUAAGUUGAAGUUUAGUAUCAAUUAAUUGAACAUGGAAGCGUGAUAGAAUCUGAAUUAAUACUAGCUGGAUGUGCACAAUAAUCAGCUUGUGACUUAACUUUGAAUGAAGAAAAGACACCAUUAGUGACAGCCUAUUCAAUAUCUGGAUCUGUUCUAUCUCUUACAAUUGAGGAGGGAGUCGAUUUGACAAUAAUUUCCAAUGACCUAGUAAUUCAAUACUUAGGAGCAGAUUGCAAUAACAUUUAAGUUACAAAUGAUGGAUCACCAUAUACUAUAACUUGUAAUUUGGAGUAGUAGGAUGGUAAAACAAUUAAAGAAGCAGGAGAUGGGUAAUUGCCAGUCGUUCAUCAUAAAGAUAUUGGAUAUUCAAAAAUAGAUUAAAGUCUAACAGUUGAAAAUAUAGAUUUGAAUAUAAUGUCAAUCUCGCCUAUUGCAGGAUCUCCAGAUGGAGGUACAACAAUCACGAUUGCAGGCACUGGUUUUCCAAAAAACUCAGAUAGAGAAUUCACAUUCUAAAUUGAUGGUUAAAAUGUUAAGCCAUUAUCAAUAACAAACAAUUAAUUAGUCUUCAUUACUCCUAAAAAAGUAAAUGGAGGAACUGGAAGUAUUUCCCUUUCGUUUAAUACAAAAACAGCAACAAGCACAUUGACCUAUGAUGAUUCAUUAAGGAUUCAAGUUACUGGUUUAGAGUUUAACUCAAAAUCACCAGUAUUCAGAGGUGAAAUGAAAAUCACAGGAGUUAAUUUUGGAACAGUUAAAGAGGAUAUUAAAGUUACAUUGGUAGGAAAUAAAUCCUAUAAUGCUAAGGUAUUAUCAGUCACUGAUUCCUAAAUUACAGUUUAUUUGAGAGGAGGAAUGCCUGGUAAUUAUAGAGUUAUUGUUACAAAAAAGAAUUUUGGUGAUUCCUAUUCAAAUAACGAUGAUAAUUUAUUUAAAUACAUAAUCCCAAUUAAUAGUGUGACUUUAGAAGAUGGAACUAGUUAGGCAAAAGGAUCAGAAGCAGGAGGAACUGUUAUUAAGAUUACUGGAUCACAUUUUGUAAAAGGAGAAACUCUUGUGUAUAUUGGUAGAGCUGUGAAUUGGUUAUGUGAAAUAGAUGAAACUAGGUUUACCAGUGAAACCAUAUAUUGUACUGUUCCAGCAAAAUACGAAUUGUAUACUGAAGAACCUCAAUUAGUACUUGUAACUUUACAAAUAACACUUGAAUCAACUUGUUUCGAUAGUAUCAAUAAUUGUUUAUUUACUUAUGAAAAUUAAUUGACUCCAAAACUUGAAGCAUAUCCUGAAUCUGUUACUUAAUACUCAGGGUCAAGAAUAUUAACAGAAGAGGAUCAUUCAAAACCAGAUUAUUAUAAGCUGAUAUAAAGGAAGAGAUUCUUAUGGACAGAUGAAUCAAAAAAACAUGGUCACAAUCACAUUUUGAAUGUUGGCAAAUCUUCAAGGAGAGAUAUGCUCACAUCUACAGAUUUGGUUUUGACUCAGUAAAAAACAUAUAAACCAGGGGAUCUAGAAACAUUAUCAGGAAUUGGAUUAACAUCAAGUGUCUCAGUUGUAUUCAAAGGUCCUGUGACAUAGACAGUGGCUGCCACUGUAGAUGAUAAUACUAUCACUUAUACAAUUCCAAAUCUACCAUAAGGAUACUAUUCUACUUACAUAUUAACUUAAACUGGUUAUGCUGAUAAGAUAUGGGUUAGUAUAAUUGAAUUAAGCGUUACAAGUAUUGACAAUGCUGCAAUUGGAGGAUAGAUAUUAACAAUAAAUGGUGCAGGAUUUAAUGCUAAUUAAAAUCCAAUUGUUAAAGUUGGAUCUACCACAUGCACUGAGUUGUAAGUAAUCUCCAGUGUAUAAAUUAAAUGCAGAAUGGCAAGAUAAUCAGGAACUUCAGCAGUAGUCACUCUAACUUAAUCACCUUCUGAGAGUAAUUCUGCUACUCCUUAUACAGUUGAAUAUACAAUAGCCAUUUAUCCAACUUCAAGUUCCCCUCUUAUCACAUCUAUUAGUGGUGUUACCUAUGAUAGUACUUAGAAGGCUAACAAAAUGACAACAGGGGAUGUUAUUUUAGUAUUCACAGGUAGUAAUCUAUCUGGUACUAAUAUUCUGGCAACAUUGGAACACAUGAAUCGUAAGAUUAUUGGCACAGUUUCAGCAUUGUCUGAUACAUCAGUAACAGCAACAUUUACAAGUGUACCAAUAGGAGUUUAUUCAAUACAAUUACUAUUGGAUAAUAAGUAUGCCUAUCAUAAUGAUGCUAAUAAAUAGAAAUUAAUUAUUAGUGCAUCUCAACCAACCUCAAAUAAUCCUAUAGUAUCUUAUGCAGGUGGUGCCACAAUCACAUUCACUGGCACUGGAUUUGAUACUUAAACAGAAUUCAGCUCUGUUUAAGUAUGUGGAUUCAAUUGUCCUAUUACUAGUUCAUCAUACACAAGUCUCUCUUGCGAAGCCCCUAAAUUGUUGACAACUUCAGUGUUACAACAAUAUACGGCACUCCAGGAACCUCCUAGAUAUAUUAAACUAUCUGAAGUUCAAUUAUUAGCUGACACAAUCCCCUUAGCAUAGACAUUCUUUGAUCUGCAAUAAUCAACCUAUUAUGUUUCGAGUGCUGCUUCUAAUUGCUUCUUGUAAGUUGACUUUGGUUCAAGUAGAAACUUGAAAUUGAAUCAAUUGAGAUAUUUACCUAGAAUUGAUGUAGAAGCCAUUUAUUUGAAAGGAGCUGUUUUUUAAUAUACUUUAGAUGGUUCGAUUUGGGUGGAUUUCUUAACAAUCGAUUAAUCAGUUCAUACUGGGUGGAAUAUCUAUGUUCCUUCAGGUGAUAUUUCUGGAAUUAAGGCUAUUAGACUAUUUGAUUCAAGAGGAACUACAGGUUCAUAAUGUUAAUUGGCUGAAAUUGAAAUCAAAGGAUGGGUACUAUCAAACAGUAAAAAUGCCUAUUCGGUCCCAACUCCUUGUAAUGCAGAUCUCCAAGUAAAUGGAUAAUCGAUAGGUACAAUACUCAAUGCUGUCAGUUAUUCAUCAAGUAGUGUUCCCAUGGUUAACACAGUAAGUCCAAAGACAGGUAGUUUUACAGAAUAGGCUAUCAUUACUAUAACUGGAACAGGAUUUGUAAAUGGAUAAACAUAAGUUGCAAUUGAUGGAGUGAGUUGUGUUAUUCAAAGUGUAACCUAAACUGAAAUCAUAUGUAAGACAGGUGUGAAAGAUUUAGAAUAAACUUAAUUGAAUGGAGUAUUUUAAGUGAGAGUUAAUGGAAAUCUAGCAGUGAACAAUUAAUAAUUCAUGUAUGCUACUAAGUGGUCAGAUAUUAAUACUUGGGGAGGAUAUGAGUAUCCAGGUGAUGGAGAUUCAGUUAUUGUCAAUGCAGGAUAAACAUUAAUUGUUGAUGUUAAAACACCUAAAUUGAUGUAGUUGUUAGUGGAAGGCACAUUAACAUUUUCAGAUGAACUUGAUACUUCGAUUGAUGCUCAUUACAUUGUUAUUAGAGAGGGUAAAUUCAAUAUUGGAACUGAACUGAUAGCCCAUUAACAUAAAGUCUAAAUCACUUUGUAUGGUGAUGAAUAAGAUGUCUAAAUGCCUGAGAUGGGUAAUAAAGUGCUAGGAUGUCAUUAAUGCCAAUUAAUCAUACAUGGAAAAGAAAGAACACCAACUUGGACAUUAUUAUCUAGUACAGCAUUAGCUGGAGCUACAUAAAUUACAGUAGAUGAUCCAGUAGAUUGGUAAAUUGGAGAAUAGAUAGUGAUAACUUCAAGUGAAGUCUAACAUUUGUAAAGUGAAAAAAGGUAUAUAGUAUCUGUGAGUGACGAUAAAAAGACUUUGCAUCUCGAUUAUCCUCUUCUGUACAAACAUUAUUCAGCAAUUGAGACUUAUGGAGAUGAACAAUUCCCCAUGAAAGUUGAAGUGGGAUUGUUGACUAGAAAUAUUGUUAUACAAGGAGAACAAUCAAGUGUGAAAUAUGGGUAUCAUUUGAUGAUUCAUGGAAGAGCUGAAAAAGGUGCUGUAGGCAAAAUUUCAUAUGCAGAAUUCAGAUAUGGUGGAUAGCCUAAAAUUAUUGGUAGAUAUCCAGUUCAUUUUCAUUUGAAUGGUGAAAUAGAUAACUCUUAUGUUGUUGGUAAUUCAAUUCAUGAUUGCUACGCUCGUUGUGUGACUAUUCAUGGUGUACAUUACUUGAAGGUUUAGAAGAAUGUAUGCUAUAAUACCUUUGGACACGCUAUUUUCCUAGAAGAUGGUAUUGAGACAAAUAAUGUAAUUGAAGACAAUCUUGUUGCAGGCACUAAAUAAAGUUGGAUAAUGUUGCAAACAGAUAUUACUGUCUCUACUUUUUGGGUGACAAAUCCAUAAAACAUACUAAGAAGAAAUAGAUCAGGAGGAUCUGAAUGGUACGGGUUUUGGUAUGAAAUCAAAACUAAUCCAGAUGGACCUUCAGCUACUUCAGACAUUUGUCCACCUGGUCUAAGCAUGCUUGAGUUUAAAGAUAAUUGGUCACACUCUAAUGGCAGAUUUGGUCUUCGUAUUUUCUAAAUGGCUCCCAGGUAGUAUCCUUGUAUGGAUUUGGCAAAUUGGGCCAAUGAUUAACCCUACAUUGAUAAUCCCAGCAUUCAAUCCGUUUUUGAAACGUUCCGCACAUGGAAGAAUAAUGAAUGUGGAAUUCUGGGCGAAGAAUUAGGGAAUAUUUACUUCAAAGAUAUCAUGAUUGCAGAAUCCAAAUUUGCAGGUUUCUAAUCCCAUAGAACUAAUCAUUCUGAUGAAGGAGCUGUUUUAGAUAAUGCUUUGAUUGUUGGAAAAUCAAUAAACAAUGCAUAUUCAGAUGCGUACUAUGAAGGAUCCAGAGCCUUGGUUGUACCAAGAACAAAUGGAUUCUUGGCUAAAAAUAUCAGAAUGUACAAUUUUGGAAGCAAUACUGCUUUGAUCGAGUCUUGUUCGAUGUGUUGGCAUGAUUUCGUUUGGGUUCAAGGUGGUAAGAAUACUCAUUUCUUUAACGUAAAAGCAUACAAUUCAAAUUCAGCUAAGAGAAUAUAUUGGUAGAGACAUAGAAGAGAAAUAUUCUGGGAUAUAGAUGGCUCAAUCACAAAUGUAGAUGGAGGUGCAUACAUUAUUCCGUAUAAGAAACAUAUUGAUGGGAUUCCAGGAUGUGUUACUCAUCCAGAAGAAUAUUGGGAUAAUUCUAUCAUCUGCGCAAUGAAUUAAGUUACAAUAAGGGAUGUAUUAAUUAAUAAUCCAACUCCAGAAUAAGACUUCAGUGGAGUGGAUCUAAAAAUCUAUAGACUUGAUGAUUCUAAUAUUGAAACUAAAAUGGACUAAUCUAUAGAUGAAGCCAAAUAUAUAGAGGCUGAAACUAUGAUGGUCAUUAAAUCAGGUAGUAAGGAUGUUCCUAAAUCAUUUGUUAGUAUCUUUGCUACUGGAUUCACAUACAAUGUUCAUUUUAAGCUUGGAGCUAGUGAUCCUUUGAGUAUGGGUAUCUUUGCAUCACCUUACUUUAAGGAGGCAGAUAAUGCUGUGGUGUUAAGGUUUAAUUAUUCUACAAAUAGAGAGACUUUCGAUAUUAUGAGACAUAUUGAAAAAUAAUUCCCUUUAAAUUACACUAAAUUAAAUUAGAAACCUAAUACUCAUGUGUGUAAUCAAGGUGAUUGGUAUAAUGAUAAAACAAAUAAAUUAUUCUUCAUAUGCUUAUCUGGUAAAAACAAGAAAAAAUAUGAGUAUGUUGAAGUAAGGGGAGUGAUAUGCAGAGAUGAAUGCAGUUCAUUAGGAGAUGUAAAAUAAGAGGAUGGGUAUAGAUAUUGGAGUGAUCCCAAUACUUGGAUUGACAAUAAAGUUCCAGUCGAAGGUGAUAAUCCAAUAGUAUAAGCAGCAUAUUAAGUUAUUUUGGAUGUUGAUACACCAAAGUUGGCUAAUUUAACAAUUUUAGGAACUCUGAUUUUUGAUGAAAGAAGAGCAUCGACUAAGUUGGAGGCGGAGAGAAUAUGGGUAAGAUCAGGUAAGCUAUUGGCAGGUAAUUCCACUCAUCCAUUUCCUGGUAAAAUUAAUAUCAUUUUGAAUGGGGAGUUUGGUGAUAAUCCAUUAAUUAUUGAUUCAAAAUUGGAUGUCGGAAACAAAGUAUUGGCUGUUACAAAAGCCUUGGAAUUAUAUUCGACACCUCCAAGAACAGUUUGGACUAGACUAGCUGUUUAUGCUGAUGCUGGAACUACUGAGAUUCAAGUUAUAGAAUGCAGUGAUUGGGCAAUAGGAGAUGAAAUUAUAUUUGGUCCAUCAGGAACUAAUCCAGAUUAGAGAGAGAAGAGAAAGAUUCAGUCUAUUUAAGGAUGUGUCAUCAAAUUGGAUUAAGCACUUGAGUUUGAUCAUUAUGGAGCUCCUUAAGUGACUCUGGAUAAGGGAGAUGUUGGUUAAUUAGAUAUGAGAGCUGUAGUAGGUCAUUUGACUAGAAAGAUUAAGAUUGAAGGAGGACCUAGUGUACACGGUUUAGGAUGUAGAGUUUUGAUUUACUAAUUUGAGGAACCAGAAGCAAAUUUAGGAUACCCAAGGAGAGGUUACACCGUAUUACAUGGAGUUGAAUUUAAUAAUUGUGGUUAAUUUGAUACUUAAAGAAGUGGACUGGAUUUUAGGAACCUUAAAAGUUAAAUCAUUAAGACUCCAAGUGAAGUUAUUGGGUGUUCAUUCCAUGAUACCACAGGUAUGUUGAUGACAAUACAGGACUCAUAAUAUAUUACAAUCAAGAAUAAUAUAUUCUUUAAUGGAAUUAAAGCUUUGGUUUAGAUUAAUAACAGUCAAUAUGUGAAGUUUUAAGGGAAUGCUAUGGUUUAUGUGAAGAAAAGGAUGGUUUAGGAGUUUGAAGGAGGUAUUGCAAAUUGGGCUGUAUUUGGAAAUUUCAUCUAUAUGGAUGAAUAUAUACCAACUCGAAUGACAAGGGAUAUCCUUGAUAUAUCUGGUAAUGUAGGAUAAGGGUCACAAGACACAGGAUUCUUUGUUAUGGGUCAUAAAUGUAGUGAUGCUUAAAUAUCUUCAUUCUAUAAUAAUCACUGUUCUGGAACUGUGUUGGUUUGUUUUGCAGUCAGAUAGGUGUCUAGCAAAUGUACAUAUAUGUCAGGUCUUUAUGCUCAUCAUAGUGAAGGAGGAAUAAUGUUAGCGGUUUAAACUGAAUAAGUAUAACUGGAAAAUACCAUAGUUGCUGAAAAUAAUAGAAGCAUUGUAUUAAAAUUGGGUUCAUGGAACUAUUAUGAUAAUACCAUUAAGCUUAAUAAACUCUUCAUCUCUGCUUUAGUUAGACCUGAUUGUGUUAAAUGCUAUUCGAGUUCUCUUAGUCCUCAUUGCAAAGAUUCCUUCGGUAUUUAAAUGGGUACUGUCUCCACUACAGCCUUCCCUCCAAUUAAUAGUCCCAUUUCUUCAGAAUUCGAUAUUAUUUGUACAUCCUAAAAGAUUGAUCUUAAAGUUUAUUUAACAAAUGUGGAAUUCCACAAUUUUAGACUCACUUAUGACAACUUACCCUAAUGUGGUGAAAAUGCAGCCUUCAGAUAACAUAAAGGAGCACAUGACAUGUCAGGAUAACAUUACCUAGUUAAUUCUCCAUGUACAAAUUGCUAGUUUGAAGCCCUUUUAUACAAGUCAUUAGGAUUUGAAGUGAGAAAAUUAGGAUGGUUUGGAGGUUGUGGUUCAUUUGGUUGUUCAGGAUUAACCAAUUACUUGAUUGAGGAUUAAACUGGACAUUUCUUUGGAUCAAUCGGUCAAGGCAUUGGAAAUAAUACUUAUUUUGGACCCAAUGUUACAUAUUGUACUAGAUAAGAGUCAUGGAACGGAUAUUGGUGUCCUGGUAGAAAGAUUACAACCUUGGGCUUUAUGAGCACUGCUCCUGACUACAAGAAGAGAUUGUAUUCACCAAUUAAAUUAACUGACGGAGAAUUCUUUAAUGAAAUGAAUAGUUAAAUGGAGUGGGCUUGGCUGGGAUCAGAACCUUUGAAUUUAAGAGAAUCUAAAUUCGUUGCUCUUAUAGCUACAAACACCAUAAUCAACAUGACCAAUGCAGGAACCAAUCCGACUUCAUCAGAGUAUUAAAUGUCUAAAAGAAGAGAAGAUGGUAGUCCAGAAGAUUUUGUUAUUUUAAUGUGGCAAUUCUAAGUGCCCUAAUUUAUUUAAGUUUUUGUUGAUAACAAAGUCAUUCAACCUGGAUUAACAACUCAUUCUAAGCAUCAUGAUCUAUUGAAAAUGACUGAUCAAUGUGGUGCUAAUAAUUAUUUCUAUGAAAAUAGAACCAUCCAUUUUGUUGUAAACGGAUAAUUAGGCUGUAGAGUUAAAAUUGCACUUAAAAACACCCUCUAAAUAUCCACUAGGUUAGAAUUGUCUACUGAAGAAUUCUAUGGUGAUAAGUUCUUAUAAUAUGCUAGAGCAUAAUUAGGAGGAGACCCUUAUAACUACUUUAUCAUAGGUAUAAAGAAAUAAACCAGAAGAUUCUUGGAACAAAGUGUUAGCUAUUAAGUCUCAGUUGAAUGGGGUAUUGUUGAUAGUGCAGAAAUCGGAUCAGAAUAAUCAUCCAAUUCUAAGACAACCUUAGAAGAAUUUGCUAGUAAAUUAGAGUUUUUGAAUCCACCCCCUGAAAUUGGUAAGAUUCUGGAAUUGAGUUCAUCCUUAUCGGUUAUUGAUAAAUUGAAUUUCCCAUCUACUGAGCCAACUUCAGCUUCUCCAUAAGGAUCUAAUACAAACAAUUAAAGUAAUGGAAAUACUAAUUCAGGUUAAGAUUAAUCAUCAGGAAAUAGCAACAAUAAUAAUAAUAAUAAUAAUAAUAAUAAUAAUAAUAAUAAUAAUAAUAAUAAUAAUAACAAUAACAAUUAAAAUGAUACUGAUAUAUUAUUUACAACAGAUGAGUUAGUUAAUUAAGGAGAUUCUAAGGAUGAUUCUAAUUAAGAAGAUAUUGGAACAGUUACAAAAUCUUUUAGCAAAGGAGAUCCUUAAUCUAAUACAGUCAUUAUUGUUGUUUCUGUUAUUUGUUCUGUAGUAGGCAUCUCGCUUUUGAUUGCUGGUUUGUUAUAUUAUAAAAAAGUUAAAUUGGCCAAACUAAUUGCUUCAAGAAAUUAAAGAGUUGAUAAUGAAUUUUUCAAAAUCAAUCUCACAGAACAAUAAUUGCAAGCAUAAUGA